GGCCGGCGCCAGCCAAUGGGAGCGCGGAGGCGGGACGGCCGGGAGCGGCGCGGCGGCACCUGGCGGCGGCGGGCGGCGCUGCGGGCACGUGGGGGAGAGAGCGGCGGCCUCCGCGUUACCACGGCAACCGGCACCGGGACCGGCCGAGACGGCGGGACGAGGGACCCGGCCCGGGGCAGCCGGUCCCGGCACAAAGGGAUCGCGGCGAUGGGCAGCGCGGGGCCGCAGCUCAGUUCGGGGCCGCAGUUCGGGGCCGAGCGCUCUGUGUGUGCUCGGACCCGCCGCCCCGUCCCGGCCGGUCUCGUCGUGCGGGAGCGGCAUCGCGGCUGGUCGGCGGGGAUGGCCGCCCUUCUCAGCCCGCCCGGCCCCGCGCCGCGGUGCACAGUCAGUCGUGCUGAGUACCCUGACCUGCGGAAACACAACAACUGUAUGGCCAGCAACCUGACGCCAGCCAUCUACGCGCGGCUCUGCGACAAAGCCACCCCCAAUGGCUGGACCUUGGACCAGUGCAUCCAGACCGGUGUGGACAACCCGGGCCACCCUUUCAUCAAGACAGUGGGCAUGGUGGCUGGUGAUGAGGAGACGUAUGAGGUGUUUGCUGAGCUGUUUGACCCCGUGAUCCAGGAGCGGCACAAUGGGUACAACCCCCGCACCAUGAAGCACGUCACCGACCUGGAUGCUUCCAAGAUUAAGUUUGGCCACUUCGAUGAGCGCUACGUGCUCUCGUCCCGGGUCCGGACCGGGCGCAGCAUCCGUGGCCUGAGCCUUCCUCCUGCCUGCACCAGGGCUGAGAGGCGGGAGGUGGAGAAGGUGACGGUGGAGGCUCUGAACGGCCUCACCGGGGACCUGUCGGGCCGCUACUACCGCCUCAGCGAGAUGACAGAGAAGGAGCAGCAGCAGCUCAUUGACGACCACUUCCUCUUUGACAAGCCGGUGUCCCCGCUCCUGACGGCAGCAGGAAUGGCCCGGGACUGGCCCGACGCCCGAGGCAUCUGGCACAACAACGAGAAAACCUUCCUGAUCUGGAUCAACGAGGAGGACCACACGCGUGUCAUCUCCAUGGAGAAGGGUGGUAACAUGAAGCGCGUCUUUGAGCGGUUCUGCCGGGGCCUGAAGGAGGUGGAGCGACUAAUCCAGGAGCGAGGCUGGGAGUUCAUGUGGAACGAGAGGCUGGGAUACAUCCUGACCUGCCCCUCCAACCUGGGCACCGGGCUGCGGGCAGGUGUCCACAUCAAGCUGCCGCUGCUCAGCAAGGACAGUCGCUUUCCCAAGAUCCUGGAGAACCUGCGGCUACAGAAGCGUGGGACCGGUGGCGUGGACACAGCAGCCACCGGCAACGUCUUUGACAUCUCCAACCUGGACCGGCUGGGGAAAUCAGAGGUGGAACUGGUGCAGCUGGUGAUAGACGGUGUGAACUACCUGAUCGACUGCGAGCGGCGGCUGGAGAAGGGUCAGGACAUUCGCAUCCCCUCCCCAGUGCCUCAGUUCCGGCACUGAGCAACACCAAGGCAGCGCCAGCCCUGCAGGACCCGGCUUCCCCUGUAGCUUAUGCCAUCACUACAUGCCCAGCAUGUCGCUGUGCUGUUAUGCACAGAGCCAGGCCAGACCCCAUAAACAUGUGCUGCUGUA